UCUUCUUUCUGUUCACACUCACUCCCAACUUCCUUAACCGUUUCAUUUCCAAAACAGAACAGAAUCGAACCCAACUGAAAAAAAAUCAAAUCUCACAAGCUGUCUGAUUUUCUUUCCUUAAUCGGAAAUUCAUGUUUUCCUCUGCUUUUCUGUUAAAUCGCGCAACUGAAUUAGAUGUUUCCGGUGAAGGAGGAGUCGUCGUCGAGCGAUGCGGCGCCGCGGCCGAUGGAAGGGCUGCACGAAAUGGGGCCGCCGCCGUUCCUGACGAAGACGUUCGACAUGGUGGACGAUCCGGCCACCGACGGCGUCGUGUCGUGGAGCAGAGGAGGCCACAGCUUCGUCGUGUGGGACCCGCACGCCUUCUCCUCCUCUCUGCUGCCUCGUUACUUCAAGCACUCUAACUUCUCCAGCUUCGUCAGACAGCUCAACACUUAUGGAUUUAGAAAGAUCGACACAGACAAGUGGGAAUUCGCCAACGAUGCGUUUCUCAGAGGCCAGAAGCAUCUGUUGAAGCACAUAACACGAAGGAAGACGAGCCCCCCACAGGCCCCAGUCCCGGCCCAGUCUGCGGACCCAGAGGUGGACGGGCUGCGCCGCGACCGGGUGCUGCUGGUGAUGGAGCUCGUGAAGCUCCGUCAGCAGCAGCAGGCGACGCGGGCUCACCUCCAGCAGAUGGAGCUGAGGCUGCAGAGCACGGAGAGGAGGCAGCAGCAGAUGAUGAGCUUCUUGGCGAGGGCGAUGCAGAAUCCCGAGUUCAUCACUCAGUUGGCUAAUUGCAGGGAGAGGAGGCGGAGGGAGUUGGAGGAGGAUCCCGGGAAGAAGCGGAGGAGGGCGGUCGAGGGGUCAUCCGGGUGGGGGGCGGUGAAGGCUGAGCCGGUGGAGUAUUGGGGGGGCUUGGCCCCCUCGGAGCUCGAGGUGCUGGCAAUGGAGAUGCAGGGGAGGGGGAAGGGGAAGGGGGAGGAGGUGGAGGCGGACGAGGUCGAUAACGAGCUUGACGAAGGGUUUUGGGAGGAGCUACUUAGUGAGGGGUUUGAUGAGGAAGUAGGUUUGGGUGAUGGUUGUGAAGAUGGGGAGGAUGUGAAUGCUUUGGCUCAUAGGUUGGGCUUCUUGGCUGCACCUCCUUGGAGAUAAUGUACCGCUUCGUUUGCUCGUGAUGACACGUUGGUGUGUCUUGUGAAUGCUGGUCGGCCGGGUUUUGGUGCUCUUGAGAUAAUGUCAAGCGGAAUCAGUCUUGGACUUUCCUACCUGACUGACGAUAGUGGUCUCGGGUAAUUUCUAAUCGAUUUAGUUUUGAGUAAUGAUUUAAUCUCCAGCAAUCGAAUAUCCACAAAAUCAGAUGCCACAAGUUUAGAUCUAAAAUGGCCGUUUUUUUUUUAAUGUUAAAAUUUCAUAUCGUUUGUUUAAUUAUGUUUGUUAUGUUUACAGUUUCAUUCACAUUUUAUGUCUCUUUAAGUUCAAUGCAAUUUUGCCUGAUUAUAUAAAAGUUCAGUAGCCUUUUUCUGUUUUUUA